GUGAAGAAUAGGAUUUGUCCAGUAUAAUUUAUAGACGGAAAGGAUAAAUGCUGAAAGAAGAAAACCCUAGCCAUCCAGCAGCAACGCCUUUGACGUGAUGGGUGGUGGAGCAGCGAUGAGGGCCGCCGCUAAAGUGGCGGGGAUGAACAUGGGGUUGCGUGGGGCGGAGCAUCCGUUGGCUCGCAAGGGGGUAUCCCACGUCAAGGCUUUGUUUACCAGCAGCACCGAUAACAUUCAGAGUCGGCCUCACUGGGAUGAUGAUGAUGAUAGUAAUAACAAUAUUGACGACUGGGAACUUGCCGGCGGCGGCGAGGAGGAACUUAUGAUGGAAGAGUCUAGGCUUGUGUUUGGUGGUGCACCUACUCCUAAAGAAGCUCAGGAUGCAACCUUUCAACUCAAACAAGCCGUCAAUAAGGCCUAUCUCUUACCUGAUGAUGAGUCUGUCAUUGGGGCACUUGUAAACUCCCAAGAAACCACCUCUCCAACUCUUCCAACACAAGCUAUACAAGCAUUUAAGUUACUUAACCAAAACACUGCAGCUCAGCAAGUUGUGGCUUCUAUUGCUUGUGAUCCAAAGGUGUGGAAUGCUGUACUGCAAAAUGAGGCCCUUGUAGUCUUCCUUCAGUCACAAAAGAGCAGCUUAGAUAUGGAUUCAAGUUCUGACAAGUCUGCUGGGCACGGUGAACUUGACUGUUGUAACACGGAGGACAGGAAUGUUAUUGAAGAUAUCGUUCUGAACAUGAAGGAUACUGUAGUGGAGAUGAUGAACACCUUGUCUGAUUAUUUUCAGAAUCUAUUUGGUAGUACAGGGGCUCCUGAUGGAUCAUUCACUAAUUCUAUAGAUAAGGAUAAGGCUAUGAGUGCAUCCUUUAUGGGAUUAGCAGUUAUGGUCAUGAUGGUGGUGGUUCUUGAUCGACAAUAAAUUAGGUGUUCUCGUCAAGUGAGUAGCUGACUUCUUUUCAAAACUUGUACGACAACUUGUCGUUGGAUCUACAGGUGGAUUAUUUUCUCUUUUAAGUGCUUGUUAGUGAGUGACUUGCUAAAAUGUUAAUAUGUUUGAGGUACAUGGAGUUUCUGCUCUCUUGUUUUGCUUCAUAUUACAAACUACAGGUAUUUUUGUUUAUGGUUUUCUAUGCAUUUUUUUUGCCAA